AUGUCUACCUUUGUGAUCGAACAUAAUACGCGGGUGGGAGACAAUCCUUGCGUUGAAAGUAAAUCCCCCAGCAAGCUUCAUCAAAGUUCAUUCAUUCAACUUGAUGACUGGUUUGAAGGCUACGCUCAUUUCUUGGACCUGAACGUCUGGCCAUUGUCUAGUGUCGUGGAAACAAUCUGGGAUGACGCCACAAAAUCUUGGAAUGUGGUCAUUGAUCGUGGAGCAAUGUCACAUCACUCGAAGAUCAAGCACAUUGUCCUGGCCACGGCGACAGCAUCCUCCGAUCUUGAUCUUGAUAGGAAGACACUUGACGAGUCUAUCGAAGAAUAA